CUCACGUCGCGUUUUGCAAAAGUAUACUUUCUGCUGGCUGGCAUCGAUUGUUUCAGUUUUGUCUACGAUGAUGAAGAUGGAGUCGCUGCGGCCAUCGACUUCUGCUUCGAUAUUGAACUCCCUCCGCACUUUGAACCGGCAAACGUAGACGGAGAAGUGGCUGAAUUUCACCUCCUUUCCGUGCCCGAGGUUAGCAAAGACUUCAUUUGCAUGUCCUCUCGUCCUUAA